CUUUGGGUGUCUCUUUUCUGUACAGACAAAGUUGCUGCCUGUUGUGGUUAAGUUGCUGCCUGUUAAUGCUGUUAUGUGCUCAAACAAUGCAGUUACGGCAAGACACGCUUUUGAUGGUGUUUCUUCUGUUGGAGUUCAGUGCAUUCGUGUGCAGCGAGACGUUGCAGCAGAUGGACAUGCGAGAUGGGCACUGGCAUCGCCUACCUUGUGUCUCUGAGAAAACCAUUGUGAGGUGUAAAUUGUCUGAAGUGUAUCUUCAAGAUUCUCAGACAACUCUGCUGGAGGUUGUAGCUGGACAGAUGGUUGAAAUUCAUUUAAGAUCAGACAGUUUAGAAAAUUCCACACGAUGCUUCUGGGAACAAAGAGGGAUGUCCAAUUUGCUCUUGUCCGAGUCUUUCGAAAGAGGCAUGGAUGGCAUAUACACCGUGUUCUGUGGCGACAGCAAAGCUGCCAACAUCUCAGUCCGCAUUCAAUCAGAAAAGAGACCAUCGGUACCACAGCUCACGGUCAAUAAUGGUGAAGAUUACAGUGUAUAUUUUCUAUGUGCUUCUGAGGGAAAUCCCCAACCAACAAUCAUGUGGUAUGAAAAUGAAAAACGUAUUAGUCCAGAGGAGAUAAAAAACACAGAAAACGAAGUGACCAAGAGCAAACUGAGCAGUUUUAACUAUCAUAGCUCAAAUAUAAAGUGCUGUGCUACAAACUCACACGGAGAGGAAUGCUCCUACAUUUAUCUUUAUGACCUUGACAGUGCCAUGCUGAAUAGUGAGGCUCCUCAGAUUCUGCUGCGUCCUGGCCAGUCUCUCUCGCUCCAAUGUAACAAAAUGCAGCCAGAUGACAAAAACAAAAAAUUUGACUUGAAGUGGUACUUCAACAACCAGACAGAGCUCAAAGGAGUAUCUUCAUCUUAUUAUAGCAGAAAUAUAGAGUAUUAUUCCAUUGCCUCGGUUAAUGAGAAAGAUAGUGGAGAGUAUCGUUGCACGAGCAGUCACGGGCAAGCAAAAGCCAUAAAGGUUCAGGUCCUUGAAAAUGACUUGCUUGAGAUACUGAAGCUGAACAAACACGUCACAAUCCAAGACAAAGACAAGGCAAAUUUCUGCUUCCACAUUGAGGUGCUCUCUCACCCAAAAGCGCAGUGUCACUGGAUCACCCCAAGAGGCACCAUCGUGCAGUGCGAUACAACACAGUACCUCUGGGGUAAAAGCACGUUUACAUUGUGUAACCCAGAACCAGGUCAAUAUCAGAUCCAACUGAGGGCUGGUAGAAAAGUUGUCACGGAAAGCAUGUCCCUCUGUGUGACAGAUACUCCUAAGUUUCUGCUACUCCAAGACCUGGCCCAAGUCACAUGUAUGACUAAAAGUGUCUUUCCUGUAAACGUUUCCUGGAUGACCUGUCCAUCAAACGCUGACUUUAGGGACCCUUCAGUGUGGAAACAGACGUACGCUGAUACUACAGAGUACUCCGACUCCGAGCAGUUCUGCCAGAAGAACGUCGUCGUCUCUCGGCCUUUGAGCGAUGUGAAUGAUCACUUUGUGAAAUGCUGCAAUAAUAAUAAUAAUAAUAAUACAGUUUCAUACUGCAGUGAGCAAAUCCUUGUGAAAAUAGCUUCAGCAAACUCUUUAUCCCUGGUGGUGAUAUGCAGCCUGCUUGUCUUUGCCCUCAUGCUGGUCAGCGUCCUCCUGUUUCAUUUCAUCCGCAAAAAAAAACCUGGUUAUAAGGCACAGAUCCAGAUGAUUCAGAUGGUGGGACCCUCUGAUAACGACUACAUCUACAUCGACUUCAAAGAUUUUAAAUAUAACCAGAAACUGGAGUUUCCUCGUGAGAAUCUGGAACUGGGGAAAGAGCUGGGCUCCGGAGCAUUUGGCAUGGUUGUACAGGCUACAGCAUAUGGGAUCAGCAAGCCUGGAGUUUCCAUGCAAGUGGCAGUGAAAAUGCUAAAAGAGAAGCACCAAACAGUGGAGAAAGAAGCCUUGAUGUCCGAACUGAAGAUGUUAACUUAUAUUGGACAUCACGUCAACAUCGUGAACCUGCUGGGAGCCUGCACUGGCACAGGUCCCAUUUAUCUGAUCUUUCAAUUCUGCCAUCAUGGAGACCUGCUGAAUUAUCUGAAGAACAACAGAGAGCAUUUCUACAAGUCCUUAACAGACGCUUUCAACAAAGACAGAUUCAGCAGCCUGUACAACAGCUACCAGCGGAAGAGAAACUCCAGGUUUUUCGGUGACUUUGUUCAGUCUGGUGAUAACCCGUACGUGCCCAUGGCGCCGGUGAACAAGGAACAGGAGGCGCUGCUCAGCUCCACGGACAUUAAUGAGGAUAUAUUUGAAAAUGAAGAUGAGGAGGACCAUCAGACUCUGACCUAUGAAGAUCUCCUGAGCUUCUCCUACCAAGUGGCCAAGGGAAUGGAGUUCCUUUCCUGUAAAAACUGCAUCCAUCGAGACCUGGCAGCCAGAAAUAUCUUAGUGACCCGAAGCAGGCUGGUGAAGAUUGGUGACUUUGGUCUGGCGCGAGAUAUCGAAAAUGACUCUAAUUAUGUGGUGAGAGGAAACGCUCGUUUACCGGUGAAGUGGAUGGCCCCGGAGAGUAUUUUUAAAGGGAUGUACACCAUGCAGAGUGACGUCUGGUCCUAUGGCAUCCUGCUCUGGGAGAUCUUCUCUCUGGGUGUGACUCCGUAUCCUGGUAUAAAAGUAGAUAACACCUUCUAUGCCUUGAUUGAGAGAGGGUUUCAGAUGGAGCGCCCAUAUUAUGCCUCUGAGGCUGUAUAUAAGGUGAUGUGCCGCUGUUGGGCUCUGGAACCCAAAGACCGACCCUGUUUCUCCAAACUCGUGGCUUUCAUGGAGUUCCAGCUGAGUGAUUUUGAAGAACGGCUCUACUAUAAUAUCAAAGGGCAGAAGAACUGUGACUCCGUGUACCAAAAUACUCCAGUGACCUCAGAACCUCCGGAAAUACUAAAAGAAGAUGCAGUUCAGUCAUCAGUGACAGAUUCCUCCUGCGACACUGAAACCAACCACACAACCACACAGUUACAGGAAGACAUGGAAAUAAUUACUUACCAUUAAAAAACCGCUUAAGGCUACACUCAGUACAGUUUCUGAUAUGGCUAAAAUAAAUUACGAUUCUCAAAAGCAUUUCUACGAUACACAGUAUUUAUCAUGAUGUAGGUUUGCUCAUAAACUGCCAGCAAUACAGUAAGUUUUGAACUUUAAAAAAAAAAUGGUUGAUUUUAUAAUGUCUAUGAAAAUACAUCUAUUGUAUUUAAUACUUUUUUAUAUCAAAUGUAUCAAAAAAAUCAAUAAAAAAAACACUAAAAAGAAGAAAAACAUAACAUUCACUUUUUCGAUUUAAAAAUGUUAUCAAGUCAACUCAAAUGCUUCCAUUCAGUUUGUCAUUACAUUUCUUUUUUUUUUUUUUUUUUUUAAAUAAAUUAAAAAAUAUAUCACAAUAUCCAAGAUAUAGGUAAUAGGUAUUGUGACAUAAUUCAUCCUGACAUAGCUAUGUCCUCAUAUCACCCAGCCAUAUUUACAGCAUUACAAAAUUCAAUGUGUUUUUAUUUCUUAAUCCUUUCUAAAGAUUUCUUAGUGUUCACAUUUUGGUUAACACGGUUUGUUUAUUCAUAAUAUUUUGUAUUUUUAUGCAGGUAUAUUCAUGGCAUUUGAUGAUAUCUUAAUGGUUUUGGAUCAUCAUUUUGGCAGUUUUUACUUUCUAGUGGUCUCCACUGGCAUAGUCUGUGUUAAUCUGUGAUUAAUAAAACUUAAUGUGUACAAUUUGUAAAUUUGCGCUGUUUCAUUACAAUAAAUCGAUUGAUUCAA